CGUCGUGGUAAUUUGAGCAGAUUACGUCAUAGGUCUCACUCACUCACAGUCUUCACGGAGUAGACGAAAAUAUCAUCGGGCUAUUUAUAAAUGAGUGCCUUUUAUGAGAGGCAUAGAAGCAGAAAGAAAGGUGAAAAUUCACAGUCUAAUUCUGAUUCUCAUCGGUGGUUUGAGUUGGAUAACAUGGCUACAGAAGACACAACCCAUCUCAUCACGGAAGGAUCCGGUCAAGGCUACAGCAGUACAGAGGAGACGGACAUCUCCCAAAGUCCCUACAGAGACACCGACGAUGAGGAGUUGCUUGAUGUGACCGACAUUGCAACGACAUCGUCUUUUAGGACGUCUCCCAGGCACUCACUAGGGAGAUCUUACAAUAAUGGAGAGUCCCUGGACAAGCUCUCUGCAGAGAUAAGCCAGUAUGAUGACUUCCACACCAUUGACUGGGUGCGUGACACGGCCCGCUACCGCAAGGAACGCAAAGACCUUAAGAAGAACAGAAAGGACUCCUGCUGGGGCACCAUCAAGGACAUGGUCUUCAGUUUGUCUGGUUGGAUCAUUGUCCUGCUGGUUGGCUUAGCCACAGGAGCUUGCGCAGGGAUAGUUGACAUUGGUACCAGUUGGUUGAGUGACCUCAAGCUUGGUGUCUGCAAAAACGCUUUCUGGCUCAACCGCGAGGAAUGCUGCUGGAUCCGGAACACCACCCUCUUUGGCUCCUACAACUGCUCCGAGUGGGUCACAUGGUCCGCGCUCUUCCACCACAAGUCGCCCGACGAUGCCCUGGCGUAUGUCAUCGCUUAUCUCAUGUUUGUUGUCUGGGGCGUGGGGCUUGCUACCAUCACCGUCCUGCUGGUGCGCAUGUUUGCACCUUAUGCUUGUGGAUCUGGAAUCCCAGAGAUCAAAACGAUCCUGAGCGGUUUCAUCAUGCGGGGCUACCUUGGCAAGUGGACAUUGCUGAUCAAGACACUGACCAUGAUGAUGGCAGUAGCUGCUGGCCUUAGUCUAGGUAAGGAAGGACCUCUGGUACACGUCGCUUGCUGCUGUGGCAACAUCUUCACCUACUUCUUCCCAAAGUACUACAAUAAUGAGGCCAAGAAAAGAGAGGUGCUCUCUGCAGCUGCUGCAGCAGGUGUCUCAGUGGCCUUCGGUGCUCCUAUAGGGGGUGUCCUAUUCAGCUUAGAGGAGAUAAGUUAUUACUUCCCCCUCAAGACACUAUGGCGAUCUUUCUUCUGUGCCCUGGUAGCUGCCUUCGUCCUGCGUAGCGUCAACCCCUUCGGUACCGAUCAUCUGGUCAUGUUCUAUGUGGAGUAUGAUCUGCCUUGGUCUCUGUACGAGCUCUUCUUCUUCAUCAUUUUAGGGAUAUUUGGAGGUCUCUAUGGUGCAUUCUUCAACAAGUUGAAUCUGAGAUGGUGCAAAUUUAGGAAGAACUCUAGAUUAAAGCGAUACCCAGUCACAGAGGUGAUAGUACUCGCAUUCCUUACAGCAGCAAUCAGCUUUCCCAACCAGUAUACCAGAAUGAACACUAGCAAGCUCAUCUAUCUACUCUUCUCUGAAUGUGGACCAGAAGAUGAUAAUUUACUAUGUGAUUAUCAGAGAAAUUACACCCGGAUCGACCAGUCCGUCUAUCCUUCAGCUGAGGCAGGGCCAGGCGUCUUCAAUGCACUCUGGCUUCUUGCUUUAGCUCUAGCAUUCAAAGCUAUCUUCACAAUCUUCACAUUCGGUAUCAAGGUUCCAGCAGGCCUGUUCAUCCCCAGCAUGGCUGUGGGAGCUAUCGUAGGGAGAAUCAUGGGUGUCCUGGUGGAGCAGAUUGCAUUUAAAAACCCUGAUUGGUACAUCUUUCAUGAGUGUAAGUUCAUUGGGAAGUGCAUCACCCCUGGUCUCUAUGCUAUGGUAGGAGCAGCAGCUACACUGGGUGGUGUCACUAGAAUGACGGUAUCUCUGGUGGUCAUCAUGUUUGAACUUACCGGUGGUCUGGUGUACAUUGUACCUCUGAUGGUAGCCGUCAUGAUCAGCAAGUGGGUCGGUGAUGCCUUCAGCAAAGAAGGAAUAUAUGAUGGUCAUAUUCAUUUGAAUGGUUAUCCUUUCUUAGACAGUAAGAGGGAUUUUAUGCACACAUCACUAGCCAUAGAUGUGAUGAAACCUCAGAGAGGAGAUCCACCACUUGCAGCUCUUACCCAGGACGCAAUGACAGUAGAAGAUUUAGAAAUCUUGACGACUGGUUGUCCAUUCAACGCUUACCCUGUCAUUGUAUCCAAAGAAUCUCAGAGACUGGUGGGACUGGUAUAUAGACGUGAAUUGGUCUAUGCAUUGAGACAAGCAAGGAAGAAAGGAGAAGGUGUAGUCAGCCAAUCUACUGUGUAUUUCACUCAUUCUAUGCCAAAGUUCACAACCCCUGAUAGACCCGCCGGUUUGACGAUCACGCACAUACUUAAUCAGUGUCCUUGUCAGAUCACAGAUCAGACUCCUAUGAGUACAGUGGUGGAUAUGUUUAGAAAGCUGGGUCUCAGACAGACAUUGGUCACACACAAUGGGCGAUUGCUGGGUAUCAUCACCAAGAAGGACAUCCUGAGGCACAUUGCAUCUCUUGAUGAACAGGAUCCUCUCUCUGUCAUGUUCCACUAACUCUAUCUAUGUCUUCAUUCAAGGUUGUGCAAAGUCUGUGAGCUGAGAGAUGAUUUCUUUCAUUCUAACUAGCUUACAAAGUAGAUAUAUGCCUCAUUUAAUUGUGUGCAAAGUCAUAGAGCUUAGGGUCAUUCAUCUUGUGCAAAAUGUUUGAGCUGAGGGAUUAUUUCAAUCAUUUUCCAACAGCUCACUAUUAAAAUAUAUAUUUGCCUCAUUUAGGUUGUUCAAAAUAUGUGAGUUGAGGGAUUAUUUUUGUAAUAUUCCACGAGCUCACAAAGUAUAUGUAUGCUUCAUUCAGCAUUGUGCAAAAUAUUUGAGCGUAGGGACAUUUUUAAAGUCAUUUGCCACUAUCUCACUAAAGAAAUCUAUGCCUUAUUCAAGUUUAUGCAAAAUCAUAGUACGCAAUGAGAAAAAAAACUGAGAGCAAAGUUCAUCUUAAAAAGGAGCUUUCAUAUGUUGACUGCAUCAUGAUAGGAAUUGGUCUUACUUUUUGUGCAAUGUAAGAAUUGUUAUAUUACCAGAAACCUGCUUGGAAAGAGGGAAUUCAUGACCAUUAGAGCAUGGCGUGAAACUGGAGGGGGACUUUCAGAGAAAGGAAGUAGUGUUGUCUAAAAAUCCAGAUGGUAGCAAGGUGGAUUUGGGUAGAUCAAAGCAACAGCCACGUUAAGCAUUGUAAAUCAAAUAUGUCAAGAACUUUGCAUCGUAAACACAGUAUUUGAACACCAUACCGGAAAAGGCUGGCAUAUUUGAGGGGACACCGCUUCCUAGCAUUAACAUCAAUUAGGAUAAAAUAUUGAGCAACUUUUUAACUUAUUCUCUGAUGCAUUCCAAGCUCAAACCUUGAACACGAGUACUGCUUGAAGGUUGUUCUAAUUUGUUGGAUUGAAUGGAAUGCUUACAACAAGGGAGCUACCCAAAUGACAUCAAGGGAUACUCUUCAUAUGAUAUUCAAUGGUUUUUUGGUUGAUAAAGGAAAUAUUCUAGAAACUAUGCUAACAAAAAUUGGAUGAGUCAGAGACUAUUCCAAUAUUGUUUGGAUAUUGAGUUCAGUAUUGCCCAUAUUGGCAGAAUGAAGACUUACAGUAUUACCUUUAUCAUUCUAGGAUAAUGUGUAUCGGCUUCUUGUUAGGUUGUGAAUUUGGCAAGAUGAUCAUGCCAAACUUGAUGAAAUUUACCAAAGAAAGUAUAAUUGAUACAUUUCUGUACUUAUAUUCUCAUAAAUUGCAAGAGAUAGGGUGUCAUGCAUAAAUGCUGCCAAAUCCCUUUAGGAACCCCAGCCUUUAAUUCCUUUGUGUACACAUUGUGUCAUUCUUGCAUGGCUGUGCUCCAUAUACAACCAUCCGAGCUCAUUGCCGCCCAGUAUUGAGGAAAUUAGGCAAUAUAUAUAAAAAGUAACAGCAUCUCUCUUGCAAAUAUCACUUUUGAAAUAAACACUAUAUUCUGUCUCUAUUUUGCAGCUCAUGAAGAUAGAACUGGCAUCAUACCAUUUAAUGUAAUCCUGCAUAAAAUAGUCCCUUUCAUAGGACUUUGGGUGCCCUGGCUACUUAUCUACAAGCAUACCAGUAUGCAUACUUUCGUUAUAGUUGUCAGGUAAACAUAAAAACAUUAUCAUUAUAUUAAAACUUUAAAACUCUGAAAAUGGAAGUGGAACUUGCAAGACUGGGACUCUGAAGUUUGUCUACACUGUGUUGUAACAAGAUUCUAAUAUAGAGAAUUACUGAAAAAGACUAUCCAUGCAAAGCCUUUAUUUACCCAUUAAGUAUGCCUACAAAUCUUUUCUUAUAACACAUUUCUCUGUUGAUCUCUAGCUACAUAAAUUGUAAUUGCCGCAAUGAGAGGGUUUAAUUAGAUUAAAUUGUAAAUGAGACCCAGCAAAUGUGCAAAAAGGUUACAUACUUUCUGUUGAGUCUGCCAUGAACAGUCAGGCAUAUAAAGAUAUUACUGGUAUCUAAGCACUUGCAGUGCUGAAAUAUUUGUUUAAAGAGUACCAGUACAACAAUGUUAUAAGUCUGUCUGAAGAUAGUGCUGCUUCUAACCCCAAAUUAUCUCGCGAGCCAAGCUUUCACUGAAAUGUAAAACAUCAGACCCACUGCUUAGUAUGGGGUGCAUGUGUGAUAUCAGAGUACCAGUACAAAAAUAAAGGUGAUAAGAUGAUGAUGCAUUCAUUUAAUUUCCUGAGCCAAGUUUCUUGGAUAUACAAGUCUUUAAUAACAUUAUAACUUUCUUUAUAUUUAUGUGAAAGAUGUCCAGUGAAAUGUCUUGUUGGAUGAAAGGAUAGAGAAAGGGAUGCCCUUCCUCACAUACAUAUAUGUAAUUUGAAGAUACUGCACUUUAUUUAUUGGAUUCAAACUUUUUGUCUGAAACAGCAAAUUGAUCUGAUGUGCAAUGUGAACGCUUUAUGGAAUUGACAAGUACUAAUAAUGAUUGUUCUGAUGAAAGCUUGUGUCUAUAAAUACUUGUGUAUUUCAUGAGCAUGUAAAACAUUUAUUUUCUUCAAAAUACGGUUUCUUGUCUUUUCAGUAUGAAUUUGUGGUUAUUAAUUAAGCAAGGUGUUAAUAUGAAAAUAAUUUAUAUCUUUAAUUGAUGUUUCAUUUGUUUAAAUUGUAGCACAACUCAUUUUUUAUUUCAUACAAUAAUAACUGCUGUAUGUUCAUUAUUAUGAUACAGAAAACUAUUUAUGGCAUUUCAAUGAGUUUAUGUAAUUUUUGAAUUUUCUACUAGCAAUACAUAAAUAGAGUUGAAAAAGAAAAUGGCAAUGUUUUGCUUAUUGCGUAAAUAUUGCAAAAAAAAGAGUUAUGCAGUUAUCAGAAGUGAACCCAUACUCACAUACAACAUAUAUUAAAAGUGACAUUCUUUAUAAGGGUAAAAUAUUACAGAGUCAGUUUUCUAAUGAAUGAUUUAAACUUAAGAUAUUUUAGAACUUACGGGGGUAGCUACAGGUAAUACAAGUUGGCAAGGCAUGAUACAUUUAUUGAUGUGAUUUAUCUUGCCGUGCUUUUUGCAAUAUUGUGUUCAAUAUUUUUGUUUUAUGCAUGUUGGAAAUUUGAUAUUGAUUAUCAAGGAAUAAAAUAUAUCUUUUGAAGAGUGUUUUGUAUUUAUGGGUUUAUGUUACAUAAUGAUUUAGCGCCCACUGAUAUGCUUUUGGCAUGGUUUAAGUUUGUAAUACAGCAGUUUCUAUUUCAUUCUUUAUUUGCAGUACACUAUAUUUGUUCAUCAUAUGUAGAAAUAUUUACAUUCCCGUUGUAUUUGGUCUGGUGAUCUGCAAUUCAACAAUUGCAUCAAUUUCAUUUAAAAAAGAGGAUGGCAUGUGUUUCUAAGACUUGCAUGCGAGAAAUGUUUCUUUCAGUUUAUUAUUUUUUUAAAUACUAAACAUUUGUUGGAGUAGCUCGUACUUUGUAUUAAAAGUUGAUGGUAAGAAAAGAUGAUCUAAAGGUCUUCCUAUAGUUAAUCCCAAAGUGUCACAAUUGAAAUAGUAUUUAUAUUUAUGAAACAAUUGUAAGAAACCAAAGCCUGUUAUUUAAUAUCUGUAUGUGUGUAUAAUAAAUACAGCUUUUAAAAAUA